AGCAUCCAAAAGAUCAAAUUUAAACAACUCUUAUAAUAUCUUUCAUCCAAAUAUUGUAUUGGCAAUAUGAUGAUCCCUAAAGCAGGUAGGCUCGGAUCAGCUGAGCAGCGCCUUACCAAGGAGGAGACAAGGAAACUUACCCUUGCUUGCGAUAAUGGCGAUGGCCUCCUCACCAAGCAAGAAAUAAAGAAAGCUUUGAAAGUCUCCGGGCCUUCUGGCCUAGCUAUAUAGGGCAUGGAGGAGAAUCGCAGCAGCAGACUACGACGGCGAUGGACAGGUGAGUAUGGAAGAGCUCGAUGGCCUCAUCGGUUUUGUUUAUGAGCUUGGCUACACCAGAAAAUAAUAUAUAUGAUCAGGGUAU